UUAGACAGGGCACUGUAGCACAUUACAACAGAUAGAAAUCAGCGCAACAUGAAAAGGGUACAGCUGUAAAAUAUGAUGAGACUUCCAUAAAAUUGAUUGUAGCCAGACGCAAAAGCUACACAUGGUAAAUGCUAUGAAAUCCGGUUUGCAGCGAAAAACGCACGUUUGAGACAUCUCAACGCAGAACCAAACAGGAUUCCUCAAUCUUUUCACUGUUUCAAUAGUUUUUUUUUCAUAAACCCUAAUUUUUAAUUCUUCGUCUUCAAUUUUCUACAAUGGUUUCCUACAAAGUUGCAUUGAUCCUUGUGGCUACACUAUUGGUUAGUUCUAUCUUCGCUCAAUCUCCACUCUCUUUCCAUUGAAGGCUCAGAAUAAUACUGAAAUCUAAAAAUUUCCAGCAAAGGUUUUGCUCCUCCAAUGGCUGAUGUGGUUACAUUUACUUGUCAAAGCUGUACCUAUGAGGGUGAAGCUUUGGAAUCGGAUGGCUUCUACUACUGCUCUGCCUGUGGAGAAAAGAAUCUUGAUGUUGUCGACACUGGCGCCGAAGAGGAAGAUGCUAUCGGUGCCGGUAUCUACUUGGCCAGUCACCAACGCAGGACAGCUGCUCCUACUGAUGCAGUUUACGUGCAACCCAUCUCUCAGUGUAACCCAUCCCAAUCCAAUUUUCUUCGGAAACUUGGGCUAGAAGAUGAUUCCCAGGUUAAAGUAAAAGCCGAGAAUGUUGACCAAUCCCAGUGUGAUCCCUCGAAUCCCGCAGAUUUUGGAGGCUCGACAGUUGUAAGCAUUGAACAGUACUACAAGGAGAUAAGGUUGCGGUACAUAAUGGGGUUGCAGAUGAUGAUUGAGCUUCAAUGUGAAGCACUGGUGAAGGAGUUUAAGGUUACCCCGUUAAUAUGUGGCUUGGUUGGACCAAUUUGGUUGAGGUUUGUCUCAAAGACUGGUGUUUUCGAUGAUGACUGGGCUGAUAAAGCAAUUCAUGACUCUGAGAUGCAGAACGAAGGAGAACCAGAAGAUUAUAACAUACGUGGCAAAUACAAAUCAGAACCCCACAAUAUGUUUGGUCAGCGAGCUGCGUUUAUAUGGUUUAGGUCUUUAAGGAAUAGGAUUCCAGUAGUCUGUACUAUUGUUGUUUCAUAUUUGGCAUGUCAUAUUGCCAGGGAAGCCAUCAUGCCGUCAGACAUGAUUAAGUGGACAUGUGAAGGGAAGCUUCCAUAUUUUUCUGCUUUUCUCGAACUUGAAAGCCGCAUGGGACCACCAGUUGCCUGUCCUAUCAGUUCAAGUUUAAUGUUCAGGCCUCAGCGAGCUCUUUCGGUACAUAAACUAGAGUCAUGUGCUUCAUCCAUUUCUCAGUUUAUAGGCUUGGAGUUACCUCCUGUGAACUUCUAUGCAUUAGCUUAUCGUUAUCUUGAAAAAUUAUCUCUUCCUGUUGAAAAGAUUCUUCCAUACGCAUGCCGCAUUUAUGAAUGGUCAAUGUCUCCAGAUUUGUGGUUAUCCUUAUCCAAGGAUUAUUUUAAGCUACCUACUCAUGUUUGUGUUGUAUCAGUUCUGGUGGUAGCAAUAAGGAUUUUGUAUAACAUCAAUGGUUAUGGAGAAUGGGAGAAAAGUUUAUCUCAUAAUGAUAGUGCCAAAGAUUCAGCUAAAGAUCCAGUUGAACAACAGAAACACGAAUUGGAUUGUACGGGGCUUCUCCAACACCUUCAUGCAAUAUACAAUGAGAUUGCAGACACCCAUGAGUAUUCCAAGGACUUACCUACAUAUCUCAAAUACUGUAAGGAUGUUGUGUUUGCUGGAUUAGAACCAUCUUUAGGGAGUUAUGAAGAAACAAAUAUGAUGGAAAUCCUAUGGAAACAUUAUCAGAAUGAAGAGAAUACUAAACCAUCAGAAUCUGAGAAGCAAUACCAUUCUUCUUUUAGCGGAACGGGGUCAAGAGAUGAAGGAUGUGUGGGAAAGACGUCUAAAAGGGAAAAGAAGAAAAGAAAAUGUUUGAGUGAUGAUAAUCCCUCAGGAAGUUUGCCAGAAGCUAUUAGACAGUUGAAAUUAGACAUGGAGGAAAACAGAUUUUGUUACAUACCACCUAGUGUCAAGCAGGAAAAGCUUGGUUAUGUUCACUAUGUCAGAAAGAAGGAUAAAGGUGCCCUGUCCUAUGUUGCUCAUGCUGAUUAUUACAUUUUGCUUCGGGCUUUUGCCAGAGCUGCGCAUGUUGAUGACAUUCGGAUUUUGCAUAUUGGUGUUUUGAACCUUGAAAGAAGACUUGCUUGGCUGGAGAAACGGAUUGGUCAAUGCUUGCAUUUGAAGCCUCCCAAUAUUUCUUGCGAGUUUUGUAGUGUUAGAGCCACUGAAAAUGGAUCAGAUCAUAUGAUGGAUGAAGAUGAACUAUCAAACUUGAAUAUUGAAAAUUAAUUUCUCCUAUUUUUGUAGUUUGAUUUGAUCACUGAAAUAGAAUUGUGUAUUAUAUACUUCAUUUCUUUUAAUAUCUAAUAAUUCACAAGAGUGACAUUGGGAUAACAGCAAA